CAGUUAGUUCACCCGCUUCUAUUCAGUUAGCCGUUUGGGAAUUGACGAAAAUAUCCGAAAAUGCAGCGUUUUGUACUCCUCUGCUUCCUGGCUGCAGCCCUGGCGGCGCCUGCGCCGGCCCCCAAACCAGUGGUGGUGUACCCCCCCGUGCUGCACGCCCCCCUGCACUACCCCGCGCCCCUGGUGCACCACGCCCCCCUGGUACACUCGCCCAUCAUCCAUCCAGCGCCAAUAGUAGCGUCUCCCGUGAGCACUCUGUAUAGAAGCCCUUUAUUGCCAAGUCCAUUUUUACCUACUGUGUUCUAAAAUAACGCCGAUUGAUGAUAUGAUUUUGUGGGAACCUUUGUAAACUGCACGCCAGCAGCAACUUAAUCUUCUAUGCUAAACUAGUAUCACAGGCAGAAGAAAUCUUAGAUUCUUAAAUACCAAUCUGUAUUAUAAACAUGUGAAGGUGAUAUGAUGACAAUGAUUAUAUCUGUAUUCAUUAUUUCCUCUCAUGAAAAUCCAAAGUCAAAGUUUCCCAUAAAACAAUGUCAUGCGAACUAAAAAUGUCGUCUUGAUUUUCGGAAAUUGUAAAGUGUAAUGUUUUAGUUCCUCGCUGAAAAUAAAGUAAAUG